AUGCCCGCGCGCCAUCACCUGCGAUUUGACUACGAAUUGCUCCUGUAUGUUGCCCUAUGGUGCGCAUUCAAGUGUGAGAAGCCGCGGUCCACCGAAGUUGAGAAUGCGGUCAACGCCCAGGUGGAGCAGUGGGAGUGCGGGACAUACAGCGACCUGUUCUCGCGUAAACAUGCGUUGCUGACGAGCAUCACGGGCCCGAAUUCUAUCAGAGAGAUGCCGCUCUCCCCGCUCUUCGAACCAUGGCUCCCAUUCUUUGAGGCGUGGACGGGCACCGUCUGUCAGCAACUAACAAUCCAACUGGACUGA